CCCCAUUAGACCCACAAACUGUUUCAUUCCCUGAUUUCCAUCUCAUUGGUGGUAAACCCUUACACUUCUGACUUCACUGUCACACUCACACUGUUCAUAGUACACGCACACGCACCGAGUGGAGAAAGGAAAACCCAGUGAUGGCACACGGCAACAGUUGUCCAGCCUACUGCUUCAAAUCCUCGAUUCACUUUCACCAGUUUGGCUGUGAAACUGUUGUUCUUUUUUAGAGUUAAUAGGACCUGAAACCCAUUAAAGAAUUGAAGCCUGAAAAGCUUCCCGAAUCUUUUCAUCUUUUCCAUCAAAUCGCAUUCCUCUUCUUCCUCUUUCUAUGAAGGAGCCGAUUGAAACUUCAAACUUCACUUCCUAUAUAUAUUCCACAUAUUUUGUAACGUAUGCCAGAGACCACAACCGCCACCAGUCCACCACCACCAGCGGCAGAUUCGCAGAGAAAGACAAAUAAAAAUAAAUAAGAAAUCCACAAUAAUUUUAUGAAUACAUACGACAACCCAAACGUUGUGCAAGUACUUCACCCCCCAAAUCCCACCUACGGCCACGUGGAUUAUCCACCCAUUUUGUUUUUAGAUGAACAUGAAGCCGAAUACUACCUCCACCUUAUGAUUCAUCCUCCUUUGACCCCCCCUCCCUCUCUCUUCAGUCUUCACCACCUCCCUUACCAUAGCAAUUGAAGACCCACAGGCCACAUCUGUUUAUUAUAUUAAUUCCCCUCUCUCUUUCUCCCUCAAAAAGAAGUAACACAGAGGGUUCUCUCACGACCCACAUGACCAUCUCUCUCUCCAAUCAAUCUUUUUGACUUCGUCACUCCAAUCUCAAAACCCACCAAGAUAAUAAAUAAGCAUAGAAAAGGAGAGAAAGAGAGCCAGUGCUCUGUAGCGGUGGUGGCUAUGGCGAGUCUUAACCCACCAUCCUAUUCUGCUUCGUACAGGCCCUACAACCCUUACUUGAAAAAACCCAGUCUCUUCAAGAUGGUCUGCGUCACCUUUCUUUGCUCUGCUGCCUACCUCUUCGGUGUAUGGAAACACAGCGGUGGUUCCGACGUCAUGACCGCCUCCCCCACCGACUUUCUUGGAACAAUCCGAUGUGCUCAGAUGAAAAACGCCACCCAGCUUCCGACAGCAACUGUGGUUUUAGAUUUCUCAACCCACCAAGCGGCGGAAGAUACGAUCACCCUGCCGCCGCCGAGGGGUCCGAGGUACUUCCCUGCCUGCGAUGUCAAGUAUAGCGAGUACACACCUUGCGAGGACACGAAGAGGUCCUUGAAGUUUGAACGGGAUAGGUUGAUCUACAGAGAACGACACUGUCCCCAGAAAGCAGAGCUACUCAAGUGUCGUGUGCCUGCGCCAUACGGUUACAAAAGUCCGUUUACGUGGCCGGAGAGUCGCGAUUUCGCCUGGUACGCCAACGUGCCACACAAGGAAUUGACGGUGGAGAAGGCGGGUCAGAAUUGGAUUAGAUUCGAAGGGGACCGAUUUAGAUUUCCCGGUGGUGGGACCAUGUUUCCCAAUGGUGCCGAUGCUUAUAUUGAUGAAAUCGGCAAGUUGAUCAAUCUCAGAGAUGGGUCUAUUAGAACCGCCAUUGAUACAGGUUGUGGGGUUGCAAGCUGGGGAGCUUACCUCCUAUCUCGAAACAUUUUAGCAAUAUCGUUUGCGCCGAGGGAUACCCAUGAAGCGCAGGUGCAAUUCGCUCUUGAACGAGGGGUUCCGGCAUUGAUAGGAGUACUUGCUUCCAAGAGGCUUCCUUACCCGUCAAGGGCGUUCGACAUGGCUCACUGUUCUCGCUGCCUCAUUCCAUGGGGAGUCUAUGAUGGGCUUUACCUAAUCGAAGUGGACAGAAUUCUUCGCCCAGGUGGGUACUGGAUUCUGUCGGGUCCCCCAAUCAACUGGAAGCGACACUGGAAGGGAUGGCAGAGGACGCAGGAAGAUCUCUCCGCCGAACAGUCCGCCAUCGAGGCCGUAGCUAAAAGCCUCUGCUGGAAGAAAUUGGUAGAGAAAGGUGACAUUGCAAUCUGGCAAAAACCCACCAAUCAUAUCUACUGUAAGAAGACUCGGAAAGUCUUCAAGCAACCACAGUUCUGCCAGGCGCAGGAUCCUGACAGGGCCUGGUACUCUAAGAUGGAGACAUGCUUAACUCCCCUGCCUGAGGUGUCCGACAUAAAAGAAAUUGCCGGUGGACAGUUGGAAAAAUGGCCGAACAGAUUACAGUCAGUCCCGCCUAGGAUUAGUAGCGGAAGCCUAGAUGGAGUUACAGCAGAGACCUUCAGGGAAGAUACAGAGCUCUGGAAGAAGAGAGUAGCUCAUUACAAGGCAGUCAGCAAUCAGCUAGCUCAGAAGGGAAGGUACCGCAAUUUGCUUGAUAUGAAUGCUCACCUGGGAGGGUUUGCUGCUGCUCUCAUCGAUGAUCCGGUGUGGGUCAUAAAUGUUGUUCCAACAGAGGCGAAGAUCAACACACUUGGAGCAAUUUACGAGCGUGGAUUGAUAGGAACAUAUCAGGACUGGUGUGAAGCCAUGUCUACAUAUCCAAGGACAUACGAUCUCAUUCAUGCCGAUUCAGUGCUCACACUCUACAAGGACAGAUGUGAAAUAGAAGAUAUUCUAUUGGAGAUGGACAGAAUUCUAAGGCCUGAAGGUACUGUAAUCUUCAGAGAUGAUGUUGAUAUUUUGGUGACAACCAAGAGCAUCACGGAUGGAAUGAACUGGGAUAGCCAUAUUGUGGACCAUGAAAAGGGACCCCAUCAAAGGGAGAAGCUUUUGUUUGCAGUGAAGAGGUACUGGACGGCUUCAGCCCCUGCCUCGGAUCAACAAGACCCCAAAACGGUUUCUUAACACCAUUUUGUCGUCUUAUUCUGUAUUUCUUGUCUCAAUUGUUUUCCUUAAUUUAUUUCUGAUUGGUUCACUACUGAUUAAUUCUUUCAAUAUGUACGAUUUAUUUAAGCCUCUUUUUGCUUAGGUUAUAAGAUUGUUGAAUAAAUACGGAUGCUUACUCCCAACAGGGAAUUCAA